GUCCAAAAAUGGACACCAUCGCCUUUGGUAGGUGCCUCAGAAAGGAGGAGUUACUGAUAUGUGUUGUAAGAUAACACAGGGUCAUAUAAACUAUAAAAGGCUCCUCCACUAAACAUCACUGUUAAAGUAGUGAUAACCUUGGUUAGGUUUUUUGGUCAUAGUGAGCAAACAAAGCAACAUGCCAAUCUUAAAGUUAUUGGUUCUUUUGGUGUCUAUGUUGGGGGUGACUGGGGGUGCAGAGUGGUGCUAUAAAUCUCAGGUCUCCUGUGACAACAAAUGCAAGGGGCCGGAUGAAUGGAAGGACAUAUCACCAACCUGUGGCAACAGAAGCCAGUCACCUAUUAACAUUGUAACAAAAAAAGUGGAUACUAUCCACCUGACACCCCUCAGUCUUCAAGGUUACCAACAUGUUUUCCAAAGCAUUAUCACAAAUAAUGGUCACACAGUCAAGUUUAACUUGUCAGGUGAUGCUGUGAUUGAUGGUGCAGGAUUAAAGGAAACUUACAAAGCAAUGGAAGUCCAUUUUCAUUGGGGCAAGAAUGGUGGGCCAGGAUCAGAGCAUACUAUCGAUGGAGAGCAGUACCCUAUGGAGAUGCAUAUUGUUCACAUAAAGAAAGAUUAUAGCUCUGUUGAAGAGGCUGUUAAAGAUCCAUCUGGACUAGCGGUUUUUGGAUUUUUGUAUGAGGAAUCAGACCGUGAAGUCAAUGAAUAUGAUUCCAUCAUAAAUGCUCUGCCUCACAUCAGAUUCCCUGGCAACAAAACUGUACUAGCAUCUGUGAGUUUGAAAAUGCUUAUUCCUCCCCACAAUACAUUGAUGCGCUACUUCCGCUACAGCGGUUCUCUGACCACACCUGACUGUGCAGAGUCAGUCAUUUGGACUGUAUUUGAAAGCACCAUUAAACUUAGCAAGAAGCAGCUGUCUACAUUCUCUGAACUCUGGUUUGAAAACGGGACUGCCAUGACUGAUACGUUUCGCCCUGUGCAGCCACGCAAUGGUCGAACAAUCUUUUAUUCCAGAAGCAAUAUUGCAUCUGUCAGCACAGUACUGGUUGUUAGUACUUUAAUCAUUACUUUUUUGACUCUUUAGGAAAAAAGGAUAUGAAGUCUAGUGUCACUGAUUAGACAAUUUGAAUGUCCAAUGCUUUUUUAUUUGAACAACCAUAGUCUUUGUUACAGUCAACAAUAUUCAGAUGUUCUUCUAUCCAGCUUUUUGUAGCAUUGUUUUUACCAUGUGUUUAGGACAAUUGUGUAGUGUUUUAUAAUAGAGAUAGAAUAUAUAGAUAAAAGCACACCUAUAUAUUCAAAGGGAAAGUAUAUCUUAUAGCCAACAGAAGAUUAUGAAAUAAAAUGUUCUAUGUUCUAAGUUUCUUCCUGUUUUAAAAACACAAGUUAAAAACAUUACUGAUCUGAAAAAUACAGGCACAACAAAUUUGUGUUUGGCAUGCACAAUACAUGUAAACCUGAGUGCAAAACUUUGCAUGGUUUAUGGACAAUACGUUAUACCUCUAUUACCUUGUUUAUUGUUUAAAUGCUUUUCAUUGUCUAAUUGUCAAUGAAUUCCAAUUCAGAAGUUAUCAUUUAUGGCAAACUCAAAAGUUUGGAUGUCCUUAGAUAUUCCCUACUGUCAAAUUAAGGCGACUAACAAGCGACAUUGUUUGUUCAACGCAAAUAUUCUACUGUAUUUUAGGAAACGUGCCUACCUUCACAAUUGUUGGGUUGAGGACUAAAGAUUAAA